UCUAUUCUGCUCAUCUCAUCCUUAAAAGCAAACUGGAAGCUCUGCUGAACACCGUCUGGAUUCACACAGAGAUCUCCUCACCAGCCAUCGGGAUGUGGAUUAUGCUGUUGGGACUCGCCUCUGAAUUACUGGCCUCCUCCAGAUCAGAAGAUCACACAGUGCGCUCACGGAGCUGCAGCUAUGCUGGAGUGUUUCAUGUGGAGGGGAGAGAACGCUAUAGUCUGACGUUUGAGAAGGCCGAGACAUUGUGUGAGCAUUUAUCCUCUUCAUUAGCCAGUCUGGAGCAGGUGGAAAAAGCCUACAAUAAAGGACUACAGACAUGCAGGUAUGGAUGGAUAAACAGCACAGAGGUGGUGAUAGUCCGUCAGACGCCAAAUAGAAUCUGUGCUGGCAACCAAACCGGCAUCAUCAGGAAAACUCCAGACAGAAAAAAAUAUGACGCCUUCUGUUUUGAUGCUAAAGAUACUGCAGAGAAGAACUGCGCAGCUAUAAUUGACCCUGAGAGUUUAAACAAAACAGAUGGCGACUCAGCAUUUACAGAAGUCACAACACACCGACCAAAUGCUGGAGAGGAAGAUUCUGAAAAUUCAACAUCUGAAGUCACAUCUGAGUCCUCUACUCCAGUUCUCUGGAUGCAGACCAGUCCCACACAGAGCCCUGCGGAACAGAACCACACUGAUCAGACAAACCGUGAUACGCAUAUAGAGUUGACAACUUCACAUCCAAAUCCAGACACCACAGGGCUGGGAGUGUUUGAAUCAGUGACCACUAACACAACACACCGACCAAAUGCUGGAGAGGAAGAUUCUGAAAAUUCAACAUCUGAAGUCACAUCUGAGUCCUCUACUCCAGUUCUCUGGAUGCAGACCAGUCCCACACAGAGCCCUGCGGAACAGAACCACACUGAUCAGACAAACCGUGAUAUGCAUAUAGAGUUGACAACUUCACAUCCAAAUCCAGACACCACAGGGCUGGGAGUGUUUGAAUCAGUGACCACUAAAGAAACAGCAGCAAAUAAAGCAGUUGUUACUCCAGAACACGCCACCCCAAACAACGGGUCUAUAGACUGGCUGAUCAUUUUACUCGUCAUUUUGGCCGUUUUUGUCAUUCUGCUUGUCUGUGUUAUUGCAGCAAACAGAAAAAGAUGGUGUGGCAAGAAACAGAAUCUGAUUAUUACACAAGAGAGCAGCAGUGAAGAAAAGGGCGCAGCAGCUUCAUUGACUAAGGAGCAGGAGAUGGUCAAACUAGUGAACACUGAGAAGAUCGCAGGGAACAGCAACUCAGAGUUUAUCAGCAUCAGUCCAGAGAAUUGAACCGAGAAAACCCAGAAGGCAUAAGAAUGAGAACACAAGCAAUUUACGCUAACAACUGACAAUACAGAUGCACUAAUAUGCCUUAAUCAAUGCUGAACUAAUGCACAGAUAAUCUUUAGAUAAUGAUUGAUUUAUGAAGAACUAAGCCAUUCAUUAAUAAUUACAUCAGCAUCUGAUAAAGUGACUGAUUAAUAGAUUAAGAUAUAUAGGAAUUGCUAUUAAAUAAAUGUCAUCAAGGAUUAAUUCACUAUCAACAUCUAGCAUUAACUAAUAGUGUAAAUCAAUGUGUUAUUUACCACAGUGGGUCAAAGCCAUGUAUUCCAAUUUCCAGCUGUCCGAUUUAAAAAAUCAUUAGAUAAUAGUUUGCAUAUCAUUAUAUUAUGACUUGGUGAGACACUUGACUAUUAACUCUGUUAACUAAUAAUUAAGUAAUAUGCUCCUAUGGUUAUGAUUUUAAUCAAUUUACCCAUCCCUCAAACACGUUAUUUGACAUUACAUUCACUGCACAACUGCAGGGCUCAAGUUUUACUUAUUUUUUUUUUCCCUGUGUAACCUUGAAUUGU